AUGGCAGACGAGACGGAAGAAGAGCAUGACCUAGAAGGGGAGCUGGAGGAAGAAGAACAAGCUACUGAAGCGGAUGAAAUAGAUACAAAAGGAGCAAUCGACGCCGAAAGUGAAGAGACAGAACCUUCAAGUGAAUCAGAGAAGAGCACCAAAUCUAUCGGCAAUACGCUCAGUGAUAUAUUUUAUCACAGAUACUUUAGAGAUAUUGUGAAAAGUACCAUUGUAUUCGUCAUCGCAUUGAAAAUGGCACAAGAGUGCAAGCACAUGCGGAUUCCUAUCAAAGAGUAUCAACCAUUUCAUAGACUUUAA